AUGAAUUUAAUUCCAUUUUGUAUCUUUUUAAUUAUAGAAGGACCGAAUAAUACUUACUCUAUAAGGUCGACUUUUACAGACAGGUGUCCAGGUUCGAAGAAGCAACAAUCCUUUUUAAUAAACAAACAAGACUCUAUUUCUGGGGAUAGAUUGAGAAGUUAUUAUGGUUCAACUAAUCUAUACAUAUCCAAGUAUCUGCUCAGAAACGAAUCUGAGGAGAAACUUAUGCAUGAUACUAACCAUAGCUCAAAGGAAGAAAAUUUGAACUAUGUCACAGAUGAAGAUACAUGGAAUAUGACAGUUGCCAUUUCUCAAAGUAAUACUAUUGGUCUAGAUUGGGUUAAGGUUAUAGAAACACUUCAAACGUCACCUAACUGCUCUGUCGACCCACUAACUAUUGCUUACAAUUCAGCAUUAUCAGCAGCAGAAAGGAAUAUGAAUGCAGAUUUAUCCCUAUCCAUACUUUCGGAGAUGAAAAGGUCUGAUAAAAAAAUAAUCGAUGCCGUUAGUUAUAAAUGCGCAAUACUAUCAUGCACCAAGGCUGAUCGUGUAAAGGAAGCUAUGGAGCUGUAUAAAGAAAUGUUGGAAUCUGGAUUGACGACAGAUCAUGGAACCAUAAGAAGUUUACUCUGGUUAUUAUCUAGACAUGGCCAUGGUGAUUUCUCCCUUAAACUUUUAGAGACCUUGAAGAAAAUAGCAUAUAUAUGCAACAAUAAACAGAUCCUUAUUCAAAAUGAUUAUGUUUAUACUAUUGAAUCGUGUAUUAAAACAGAAAUGUUUACAGUAGCAUCUAACAUAUACCAAGAAUUAAAAUCGCUAAAGUCUUUUCAAAUGACCAAACACUUAUUUGAUUCCGUAAUGAAAAUAUGCUAUCAUACAUCAAAUUAUAAUCUUGCUAUCGAAGUUUAUUCCGAUAUAAUGAAGGAACGAACUUUUUAUUUCGGCAUCGCGGAGUACCACAUUUUAAUGAACAUCCUUUUGAUGAAUCAUCAAUUUGAGCAAAUCAACUAUAUUUGGAAAGAUAUAUUGAACAGUGGAAUAACUUUGGACUAUACUAUAUGUAACAUUGCUUUACAAUCAUACUCCACUAGUGGAAAUUUUGAAGAAUCAUUGGAAAUUCUCAACAUUAUGGAAGGGAGGAACUUUUUGUCUGGAAACUUUCAACCAUAUUUACUUGCAAUAAAAUCGUGCGAACAGUGUGGAGAAUGGAAACUGGCGACUAAAAUAUUACGUAUGGCCCAAUGUUAUAAUGGGUAUUGCACAAUAGAAUUGUAUAACGCUGUAUUGUUGGUUUGUUCCAUAGCCCAAGAAUGGGAAACAAUGUUGUCAUUAUGCGAAGAAAUUGAAGCUAAAAGCUCGAAGGAAAUGAAAGAUGAUGGAAGAAAUGUUUUAUUACAACUGAAUGGAGACACAAUUGCAUAUAUGAUGAUGUGCUAUUAUCACACAGAUGAAGUAAAAAAGCUAAAAUCGCUCUCAGCUCUAUGCGUACCGGAUACACGACUAUUAGUAAAGAUUAGAAAUGCUAUAUCUACCUAG